ACGCACGGCGCAGCGGAAUGACGUCAACAACGGUCGACGGCGCUGCUCUUUAUUGUGUUUACCAGCCGUUCAGAUCGUCCAAAGAUACCUCAGAUAUGUAGUAGGAAAUGAUUGAUGUUAGUUCUUUGUAAUAUUAUGGAGUGGUCGAUGAUUUAGAGACAUUUUUGGGAGACUGAUUUCAGCGAAAAUGAACAAAGGUUGGCUGGAGUUAGAAAGUGACCCGGGGUUGUUUACACUCCUGGUGGAGGACUUUGGUGUGAAGGGUGUUCAGGUGGAGGAGAUCUAUGAUCUUCAGAGCAAAUGUCAAAGUCCUGUAUAUGGCUUCAUCUUCCUCUUCAAAUGGAUCGAGGAGCGAAGAUCUCGGCGUAAGGUCUCCACGCAGGUGGACGAAACCUCCGUUAUCGAUGACGAGAUUGUUAACGACAUGUUUUUUGCUCACCAAUUGAUACCGAACUCCUGUGCCACUCACGCUCUUCUGAGUGUGCUUCUGAACUGCAGCGGGGUAGAGCUGGGAACGACUCUGAGCCGUAUGAAGGCUUUCACCAAGGGCUUCAGUCCUGAGAGUAAAGGUUACGCCAUUGGAAACGCUCCUGAGCUGGCAAAAGCCCACAACAGCCAUGCCAGACCUGAGCCGCGGCACCUGCCGGAGAAACAGAACGGCAUCAGCGCCGUGCGGACGAUGGAGGCGUUUCACUUCGUCAGUUACGUGCCAAUCAAAGACCGGCUGUUUGAGCUCGACGGGCUAAAGGCAUAUCCUAUUGACCACGGGCCGUGGGGCGAGGAAGAAGAGUGGACUGAUAAAGCUAGACGGGUCAUAAUGGUGCGAAUAGGACUGGCCACUGCUGGAGAGCCCUACCAUGACAUCCGGUUCAAUCUCAUGGCAGUGGUUCCGGAUCGCAGGAUAAAAUACGAGUCCAGGCUGGAGAUCCUGAAACGGAACAGGCAGAUCAUUCUGGAAGGGCUCCAGCAGGUUAGGGAGAAGAAAGUCAUUCGGAUGACCCAACAAGAAUCAGGCCAGGAUCGAAAGCAACAAGACUCCUCCUCUUCAGAAGACACGCCUCCUGUUGUUAAAAAGGAGGAGGGGCAAGACACACCCGUAUCUUUGUGUGCAGAGCAGGCCACGCCCACAGAAACUCAGGAAGGUGCCGCCGCUCUCCCAAGUCCCGCUGGAAAAGUCAGACCCAUGGCUAAACCUGCCACCUUGCCAACAGGGGCUGCUCCACCACCAGCCCCUCUACCUGUUCCCAGCCCGAACCCCAAUCCCAUCGUCCAGCGUCUGCCAGCCUUCCUGGACAACCACAACUACGCCAAGUCCCCCAUGCAGGAAGAGGAGGAUCUUGCUGCGGGUGUGGGUCGCUCACGCCUACCUGGCCCACCUCAGCCCCCUUAUUCUGAUGACGAGGAUGACGAUGAUGACGAAGAGGAGGAGUGCAGCACUGCAGGUGCCACAAGCAGCAGGGUCCGAAGAAAGGUUGGUCUACGUGCACGCACCAUGGGCCGCAGUGGAGUGGGUGCGGUUGCGGCAAUGGAGGGUCAGCUAGCACUCAGCGUUUUAGCCGAGAAACUCAAAAAGGAAGUCCAAAGGAAGGACUCCAUUGCAACAACUGGUUCCACAGCUCUGAAUGUACGUACCGAGGGUCGCACGGGUGGGAUCAGCAUCACCUCGGCCUGCCAGCCGUCGCCCACGCCCAGUAACGAAAGCACGGAUACGGCCUCAGAAAUCGGCAGUGCGUUCAACUCGCCGCUGCGCUCGCCCGCGAGAUCGCAAGCAGCUACGCGUCCCUCUAGCCCCGUGGUGCCCCACUUGAGUCGUGUGCUGUUUGGAGAAGAGGAGGGGCUGCUCAGGUUGGACGCCCGACACAAUCGAGCCGUCCGGGACUUGGGGGCGCUGGUGAGCUCCACGGCGCUGCGACUGCAAGAGGAUGGCGUCUUAAUGGCCUUGCCACCUACAGAAACAGUGGAAGGGGUAAAGAAAACAGGCGGUGUGGAGAAGAAAGAAAAAGAAGAGACGACUGGUCCAGGAGGACAGGAGGAAGUGAAGGAAGGACCAUCGGUGGAGAUGAAACAGGAGGACGUCAAAGAGUCAGCAGAUGUCAAACCGAACAAGGAGAACCUGCCGUCCACCAAUGCUGAAACCAGCACCAAACCUCAUGGAGAAAAAUACACUCCUAAAGAGUUGCUGGCUUUGCUGAAGUACGUGGAAGCGGACAUUGCCAACUAUGAAGUGUGUUUGAAAGAAGAAGUGGAGAAAAGGAAAAAGUAUAAGAUCGAUGACCAAAGGAGGACUCAUAACUAUGAUGAAUUCAUCUGCACCUUCAUAUCAAUGCUGGCACAAGAAGGUAUGUUGGCCAGUCUGGUGGAGCAGAACAUCUCUGUGCGUCGCAGACAAGGCGUGAGCAUUGGCCGUCUCCACAAGCAACGCAAACCUGACCGGCGGAAACGCUCACGACCAUACAAAGCCAAGCGCCAGUAAAUGCUUAAGGAGAACCGAAUGGCAGCAGUUUGACAACUCAGUCUUUCUCAAACAUGAUGAAUGAUACCAAACACCUCAUUGACAGUGUUAGAUGCUGAUUAAAAUGUAGUUUUCAAGCUUUGUUUGACAUAAUAAACUGCCUAAGUUCAUCACCACUUCCAAAGCAUACUGGUGAUGCUCGGAAGAUGUUUAAAGAUACUGAACCAUGUUUCAUGUUGCCAUUACGUCAUGUACUGUAUAAAACCAACAAUCAUUGGAGCGCCAUAUUGGGAAAAUGAGCAUCUUGACCCAAAAAUCUAGUCAAGGUGCUACCAAAGAUAACAGCGCUCCAAAUCCACUCAAACAGUGCAGGGUAUGUCUGUUGUUAACAAAUGGACCAGUCGCCAAUCUGGAUGGGAUUCUAGAGAUACGCUUUUCGAAUUUCACCGCUGUUUUGUUCGUAAGAAUAACAGACUAAAAGGAUCCAAGAUGUUUUAAGACUAUAAACUUGAGUUGGUUUGUGAAUGUGUAUUGGUUUAUUUCGCUGCAAGAGUUAUGUGUUUUGGUUAAAUUUAACUUGUUUUUGACGAGAGUUUUUGUUGGUAAGGAUUGGGCCAGUGGGUUUAGCCUCAGGCAUGUUCUGUUUGUUUGUACAUAUGUAUUUGUGUAUUAUCCGAUGUCUGUCAGAGCUAAACAUUGAAAUAAAUGUUUCGAAGUACA